AUGCCACGGCCGUCAACUACCCAUUAUGCCUCGGUUGAGUUGGCCGAGCUUCAGGACUCGAAUGAACUCCCCUCUGAAGAACAGAAUAAUAGAGACGGGAAUUUGAAACCUGUAACAUGUAAGAGACCUGAACGGUCACAGUGGCGCACCGCAUAUCGUCAGGGGUUUGCCCUACUCUCUGUUAUAGCAGUUCUAGUGAUCUUGACAAAAUGCGCUGGCUUCUCGUACUUGGAAAGGGGAAAGCAGAGUGUUGGGCGACAACUGGCAGGACGAGAGGACACAUCAGAUGAGGACCCCGAUGUCGACGCCAUGGUUGAGCUGUGCUUGGGACUGGCAAGUGACUACGGCGAGCCUGCAGGACCUCCUCUAACCCAACCGCAGACGCAGUGGAUGGAGCAACAAUUGUGGCAGGAAGUUUCGGCGAGCCAGCAGGACGCGCAAACAAGCACACAAGGCGAUUCGUUUCCGACAUGGAGUGGACCCGUGCCCUACUCAUCUACGCCCUACCCUCAAGCCCUACAGGAUCCUGGAAUGCAGACGGGCCACACUCAAAUGACUUCUUUGUCGACAUGGGAAGGAUCCUGGCUGUCUUCUAGUUGGAGCGACCCUCAGCCCCACCGAGGAUUUGGUGCGCCUUGGGGCGAUGGCUGGUCCAGUGGUUCCGGCAAUGCGGGUGAGGCGUUUGAGUCUCCAGGCGAGGGGCCGUCCACAUCGGCACCGCGCAUUCUCUUCGGCCUGCAUUCUACCGGAGCUCCGCACACGACUGUUGCUGAAGGAUCUAGCGGCUCUGCCCCUCUUGUGGCUGAUAGCGCAACUCCAUCGCAUCAAGUACCUCAGCCACCCAGUUCUGCAGAUAGUGUCAGUUCUUCUUCGGCUUCUGGCGACGUCUCAGCUUCGUCGGUAUUGAGCCAUAGCCAGGGCACGAGUAGUUCUCCUUACUCAGAACUGCGCCAUCUGGUCAGCAGAAACCCACCGAAGCCCCCUGUGUCUCCUGAGCCCCCGCCUGCAAAAACACGGCGUAGAACACGAAGUACUGGAGGUUUAGGGGUCCCUAAGAAGAAGUCAAUGCCUUCAUCCCAGCAAAGCCCAGCAAACCAGGAGACACGUAAAAUUGUCUCGUCUUUUUGGUUGUCAACCUCGACAUCCCAGGAAGCGCCUUCGGCAGAGUGCAUCCGUGCAACGCACCAAGUAUCGGGAGGGCCGCCUGGCUGUUAUCUAGGCGAGGAUAAACCUAGUGGUAGUCCGAUCGACAGUUCGGCACCAGAAAGCAGCAACGCAACGGGCAGGCCUGGGCACCCCAUCGGGGAACAUCCAUUUUAUCGGACUCCAGUCUUGCAACCAGGUUUUGUUGCAAGGCCGUUUUCUUUGGCGGCUGCUCGUGCCAAGGAUCCUCGUGUAAACAUGAUAGAUUUCACCUUUCGGUUUAUGCGGUCACUAUUCGUGCAGGAUUCGAUUUCCCAAGUGGAUAUAGAAGGCUUGCUGCGCAAGAUGGAAGAUCUCGCCGGCCAUCUGAUCCACUUUCAGACGAAGGUUUUGUUAGGCUUGGCUCCACGAGAUGCUGUUAAAGCGCUGGGGAUCCGUUAUCUGAUAUUGGAUACCCUUUAUGCAGCAAGCACGGCGUUGGGGGAUCCCCGUCCUUGGUGGGAAGAACUCGUGGCCAACGUUCCACACGAGGUGGAGGACUACGAUCCUUUCCGGCGUAAGGCAGAUCAGUAUCAGGUGAAUAUACGUCUCGUGAAAGCACUGAGCGACGCGGUAGCGUUGCUUAAGACGGGCACUCGUCCUGGCAAAAGGCAAACAAUAGAGCUGAAGCGAGAACUGUUUUGCGGAGCGCUGUCACCUCGAUAUUUCAAAACACGCAAUUGGGACCCUUGGAGAAAUGAUUACAGCCUAUAUGGCGACGGUGACGAGUAA